UCUGUGGCCAACAGCCGAGCUGUCAGCAGCAUUUUCAGUGUUGUUGAGCGGUGUGGAGGAGUCACAGCUGUGAUUAUAAUCAGAUACGAUGGAGAAAAAUGGAAAAGCUACCGAUUGAGAUCACUGACUGCAUCUACAGAGAUCUGGACUGGACGUAAAACUACUGCAGGAGACAUUGCUGUCGUCUGGAUUUAACGCAGCGAAGUUAGAGGAAUCUUUGUUACCCGGACUGAAGGAAGACAAGGGGGCCUGAAUUACACGGACGUCCGUUUGAGUUAAGACACGGGCAGCCUUAGCUGAGUUAGCAUUAGCUUUCCUAAAAGUCUUUACUUUGUUAUUAUAAAGUUAGCGUGCAAAGAGUAACGCGACAUGACGAGUAUUUCUGUGCCGUGUUGCUGAACGCAGAACCGCUGACACCGUCUUUAAAUAAUUAUCGUGUCUGCUACCGUUAGCACAAGCUAGGCUAACUGGCUAGCUUGGGGGAGCGCUAGCUUGUUGUUCCCACUGCUAAUUUAGCCAGGAGAGCGUCUGUUAAUUGGAGGAAAAAACAUCCAACUUUGAUAUUUUAUGUUCCGUUUAAAACACUCAUUUUAAGUGAAGCAUAUAUGUUAAAAAUAGCAAAUACACAUAAAAAAAUCUGCAUUAGUCUCAUGUGUAAUGAUAAUUACCAUACCAGACAAUAAGGAUGUUCUUCUUUCCUACAUAGACUUUUCUGGAUCCAACCUCCAGACAUUUUUAAUGUCUUUGCUCUAAAUCCAUACCAGAUGUUAAUCUGUCACUCAGAUGAGGAUUUAUUUGACUAAAGACUGAACUUUAACCUCACUGUGAUUGUGGUUACACCCAUUUAUAAACUCAGUCACUGCUUGUUUACUGAAGUUUUGUCCCCACUGAGCACCAAACUUUUUAUAUUCAACAAUAUCAGGAUGUUUUGCUAUUUACAAAUGAUUUUUGGAACCUAAUGUGCUUUUCCAGGAAAUAUAUUUAAUUCUGUGUCAUUUUAGCCUCAUUUAAUAUAAAACUAUCUCCUGUAAUUGGUGGAUUGUCAAAGAUAUUACACCAAACAAGGACUGUAUGAAGGAAGACUCCCAUCCAGCAAGGACAGAACCUUUGUUUUGGUUUAAGUGAGCAAAGCAGCAAACAGAAGGGUUGGUUCACUGGCUACCCAUCCUUGUGUGAAGGCAGGAAGUCCACAGUCCCUCAUCCUCAGCCUCCGCUGUCCCAGGGCUCAGAUGUGAGACACCAUGGGCAGCCAGGGCAGCCCGGUGAAGAGCUACGACUACCUGCUCAAGUUCCUCUUGGUCGGAGACAGCGACGUGGGCAAAGGAGAGAUCCUGGACAGCCUGCAGGAUGGAUCAGCAGAGUCGCCGUAUGCUUACAGUAGUGGUAUCGACUACAAAACCACCACCAUCCUUCUGGACGGGAGGAGAGUGAAGCUGGAGCUUUGGGACACCUCGGGACAGGGGAGGUUCUGCACCAUCUUUCGCUCGUAUUCCCGUGGGGCUCAGGGGAUCCUGCUGGUGUACGACAUCACCAACCGGUGGUCCUUCGAUGGGAUCGACAGGUGGAUCCGAGAGAUUGAUGAGCAUGCUCCAGGCGUGCCUCGAAUCCUCGUCGGUAACCGCCUACAUCUGGCCUUCAAGCGGCAAGUUCCCACGGAGCAGGCGAGGGCGUACGCCGAGAAGAACGGCAUGACAUUCUUCGAGGUGAGCCCUCUGUGCAACUUCAACGUCAUCGAGUCGUUCACGGAGCUGUCGCGCAUCGUCCUGAUGAGGCACGGCAUGGAGAAGUUCUGGAGGCCCAACAGAGUGUUCAGCCUGCAGGAUCUCUGCUGCAGAGCCAUCGUGUCAUGCACGCCGGUCCACCUCAUCGAUAAGCUCCCGCUGCCCGUCGCCAUCAAGUCCCACCUCAAGUCUUUCUCCAUGGCCAACGGCAUGAACGCGGUCAUGAUGCAUGGACGCUCGUACUCGCUGGCCAACCCGGCCGGAGGCUCUAAAGGCAACAGCCUGAAGCGCUCCAAGUCCAUCCGUCCUCCGCAGAGCCCACCGCAGAACUGCACCCGCAACAACUGCAAAAUCUCCUAAUUAACGGAUUAGGAGCAGAGCGGGUUAGAGACGAUGAAGAGCAUGUGAUCAGGAGCCGGAUAUACAGGUUGGUAUCAUUUUAGAAGAAAGGAGCACGUCCCUGAACCUGAAGAGCUCACGAGCAGAAUGAUGGACACGGGACGGAUGCGCACUACCUCUCACCUUUGUGUUAAAAAAAAAAAAAAAAAAAGAAAACUUCCAGGUGGAGGAGAGCGGCUCAAAUGGUGUCUCAAACAUCAGCAGAGAACCAUAACAGACAUUUAAGCCUCCACAGACCUGAUUCUCACCACUUCUGACUGCUAUGAACGAGAAAAAGACUCUGGAUCAAUCCCCGUUUGCUUGACUACAUGUACAGAAACCCCUCACCAACUCAAGCUACUUUGGCUCCUCGACAGGAUGCACUCCGCUCUCUGUGUCAGUGCAUCACAGAAAUCACCUCAAGCUUCCUCUCCCACCUUUCUGUCUGUCUGGUUAUGUUUGCACCUUUUCUCUUUACAUUUUACUGACCAAUAAGCUAAAGAUCAAGACACUAACACAAUCAGUCCAUUACUGAUCUUUAUUUAUCCUCAGCCGGUGUGAAAAGUUCUGUAAACACUCGUUUUAAGGUUUUAUUUCAUCCACAAAUGACACUGAAGGAAGGGGAAAUCUUGGUGAUGGGAUGGGUGAAGGUUCUUAUUGACCUUUAAACCCCGACCCCAGGGUUAGGGCUGGGCAAGAAAUAUGAUCACGAGGGUUUGGAAUCACUCUUUCACCAUGUCUGACAGAUUUAUAUGAAAAGGCUGCACAUUUGAGGAGUUUCUUGGGAUUUAAAGGGGCAUGAAAACAGAGUUCACCAUCUUUUUUAUUUAUAUUUACAUGCACCAGAAUUGUCUAUCAUCUUUUUGAUAAUUCUAAGAUAAAAAACAGUGAAUAAUUACCCCUAAUAAAGCAGCUUUUUUUAAAAAUACGAACAUUAGCUCAGCUUUUUAAAGGUUUCUGAUCCUCUGUUUACAGGAGCUGGAUUUUGUUUAAAGGUUAGAGGCCACAAUUACUCAAAAACAGCUAAAAUAUGCUGUAAUAAGCACAUCUGGACGGUAGCAUGUAUCGAUUCAGCACAAUGGUGUGGCAUUUCCCCUGUUGCCCUGGUCCUAUUUUCCUCUCUGCUGCUCACAUUUAGACGAGGAACAAGAUAGCAGGCGGAUGAGAAGGCAUCAGGAGUGUCUGGUAGGAAUAUUGCCUUGAUUUUCUUUCAUUUUCCUCACUCACAGAGCGUGUCAGCUUGAUUUACAAAGCACAGAUAGUUGUGACUCACCUCUGUUUGCCUGCAUUCAAAAUUAAAGCACUAGAUGUCCUGUUAUUUAAAUGCAGAACUUCAGACAGUGAGAGUGCACGCUGUGACACGGUGUCUUGAUGUUUGCACGCUGUUCAGCCAUGGUGUAAGGAAACAACAUGCACAAGCAUGAAUAUUCUUCCUUCUACAGAGCAGUGAGGUGUAGACGUACCAAAAAACACAAUAACAAAUCAACAUUUGUGCAGGUACAUGAUGAGGUGGGGUUGCUGCUUGUGGGGCUUUUCCACCAUGACUUAUGAACCAAGCCAUGCUGAUUUACUAUUUCCUCCCCAGUUUGGUUGCACCAGGCGUGCCAUGGUGCCUUCACAGCGGUUCGUCAUCAUUCUGGGAUGCCUCGCAAGUAGCAGCUGCUGCUCCAAACUUCGAAAUACCUGCUAGAUUAACAGGAGAAGAAGAAACCUGAGUUAGAAACUAUAGAUGUGCACAGUUAAAUUCAAGAGGGUUAAACUAAUCACCUAUCAUUUAUUAUAAACACGGGCUUGAAAUCCCAGUCUAAAGCUCUAUUCAACUGUAAUGAAGCCUCCUGCCACUAGAGGCCGCUGUAGCUUCAGGUAAUGGCUGCUGCUUUCCAGUUUUAAUGAAGUAGAAAAGGGAAAUAAAGUGGUCUAUAGGCCAUUGAGGGUUGAACUCACGUGUCACUACUCAACCAGCUAAAAGAGGCCAAACAUCAAAGCCUGAUAUUGAUCUGCAAAAAGGAUUGAAAGCUGCCGGAGCUAGCUGCUAAUGUUAGCAACGUUGUAGAGAGUAUAUGAGUCUAACAUCACACCUGCUGACACACUGACCCUGUGAGGAAUUUGACGGUUCUCAAAGUGUUUUCUCCUCUUUACACUAAUCAGUUAAAUGCAAUUUAAAUGGACGUUUAGCCGAGUGGGGAAACAGAUGUUUAGGAACGUCCUCAGUAGAAACGAUGCUUACUGAAGCACAGCUGAAGUGCAGAUCCCCUUCCGUGCCAACUCAAACCAAGUAAAGCAGCUGCAAUGGAAACGCCCCAUUCAAGCGACCAUAAACCUGUAAGUCUAGGAGCGUCCAGUUUUAGGAUCCACCACCACCUUCUUGUUCCAAAACAUCUUUAACUACUCAAAUUUAUUUGAGGAUGAACGGAGAAUGACUGUUGGUCCAGCUAAAAACUCCUCGAACUUGUCGGAAAAUUUUCAAGUACACAGGGCCGAUAUUCGUAGCUGAUAUGUCUGUUGGCAGAAACUUUCAUAUCGUGCUGAUAAUAUCAUGCAUCCCUAAUAAAUACAGCAAAAUCAGGUAUAAAUGCAACAGUCUGGUUUCUUUGGUCCCCCUCCAGUACAAAAAAAGUUAAACCGUCUUCCUGCUGUCUGAUAAUUUCCAUUUUGUCGAGUAGAAUCCAAAACAUGCAGACAGACAAACUCAGGAGUCCAUUGUUGUUGUCGUCUGUCUGCUCACACAUGGAUAUGACUGGAACCGUAAUGAGCAUGUGCAAAGUCUGAGCUUUCAGAGGAGCUGCAUUCAGGAGCUUAGAGCAGAGGUUCUCAACCUUUUCAGCCCGUGACCCCAAAAUAAAAGUGCCAGUGACUGGAGACCCCCACUGUACCUGAAGGGUACAGCCAUGCACAUUAAAAACAGAAUUA